UCAAUCAUCCAUGGAGAAAAGAAAUCCUUGCAUUGCCAUGGUUCCAUGUCCAGGCUUUGGCCAUCUCAUCCCAGUUGUAGAGCUUGCAAAACGACUUGUCGUUCAUCAUCCUCACUUCCAUGUCACUCUCUUCAUCCCAACACUUGGCCCUCCCUCCACAACCACCUAUUCAAUCCUCCAAUCUCUUCCCCCUCACAUAGACUUCACUAUUCUCCCACAAGUGAAUCAAAACAACAUCCCUCAAAGUGCCGUCCACCCGGCAACACAAAUGCAUCUUACUGUCAUGCUCUCUCUUUCAUCACUUCAUGAUGCUCUGAACUCAUUAAAAUCUCGAGAUCAUCACUUUGUUGCUAUGAUUGUGGAUUUCUUCUCAGUGGAUGCAUUACAAAUUGCGAAGCAAUUCAACCUCAAAUCAUUCGUCUAUUAUGCUUCAGGAGCAACUUCACUGUGUUUCUGCCUCAAUUUUCCCCAACUACACAACGAUCAUGACACUGUUUCUACAGGGUUUCGAGAACUAUCACAACCCCUAAAACUCCCAGGCUGCAUAGCUUUUCUUGGCAAGGAUCUUCCGGACACAGUUCAGGAUAGAUCGAGUGAAUCCUACAAAACAAUUCUGCACAUCUGUAAACGGUUUGAUUUUGCUGAUGGUAUCAUAGUGAAUAGCUUCCAAGAAUUGGAACAAGAGGUAAUAACGGCUCUACAAGGGAGUAACCAUAAAUACCCACCCGUUUAUCCAUUGGGGCCCAUUUUAAAAACUGAAUUAACUGGCCAAAACGAGUCAGAUUUGAAGAGUUUAGUAUGGCUGGACAAUCAAGCACAAAACUCAGUUUUAUAUGUCUCUUUUGGGAGUGGUGGAACACUGUCACUUGAACAAGUUCAUGAACUUGCUCUAGGGUUAGAGAUGAGUGGCCACAAGUUCUUGUGGGUAGUGAGAACCCCAAGUGAGUCUACUUCUUCAGAUUAUUUGAGUGCAAAAAAGGAGGGCCCACUUGAUUAUUUGCCUAAAGGUUUCGUUGAAAGAACCAAAAACCAAGGCCUUGUGGUCCCAUCAUGGGCCCCACAAAUCCAAGUCCUGAGACACGAGGCCACUGGUGGGUUCUUGACUCAUUGUGGUUGGAACUCCACGCUUGAGAGUGUGUUCUAUGGCAAGCCAAUGAUUGCGUGGCCACUAUUUGCAGAGCAAAGAAUGAACGCAGUGUUGAUAACUGAGGAGUUGAAGAUUGCUUUGUGGCCGAAGAAAGAGCACGAUAAUAACAAUGGAAUUGUGGGGAAGGAGGAAGUUUGUGGGAUUGUGAAGAGAGUAAUGGAAGGUGAUGAAGGCAAAGAAAUCAACAGAAGCAUUCAGGUUUACAAGGAUGCUGCUGCAAAAGCGCUUAGUGGAGAUGGUUCCUCCACUAAGACCUUGUCUUGCUUAUUAUCUGAUCUCCUGAAUGGAAAAUGAUUUAAUUCGAA